GAGAUUGAAAAGAAUGCUGUCUUAUCUCAUCUGUCCACAAGAGGUCAGCACAGACCAGUAGCAGGCAUUUGUGGUAGAGCAAUUAAAAAAACAACAAGUAGCAAAAGAAAAACCUUAAGCUUUUGGAGCAUCCAUAAACGAAACAAAUUUGGAGAGACACACCUCCAUCUUGCUGUGAUGAAAGGAGAUCUUCAGUCUGUGAAGGACAUAAUUGAAGUUGGUGCCUCUGUCAAUCUGGCAGAUAAUGCAGGAUGGACGCCACUUCAUGAAGCAGUAUUGGGCCAUAAUUACAAGGUUGCAGAAACCCUUAUUAAAGCUGGAGCUCUAGUCAAUUCUGUAGGCUUUGAAGGAAUCACUCCUUUACAGGAUGCAGUACACCUUGGUGACUUUAAGCUUGUUCAUCUGCUGUUAAAGUGGGGAGCUGAUCCGUUAUUGAAGAAUCAGAAGGGAGACAAUGCCUUUGACCUCAGUCAAGACAGCGAUAUAGAGAAACUGCUGAGGCAAUAUGCUGCUAAGGCUUGUAGAAGAACAAGACAAAAAGAACAGAAGAGCAGUGAAGCUGAAGUUAGUUCAGCUAUUUGUCCAGACACAGAGGAUACCACAAAAGUACAUGACACAAGUCAUGAAGUAACAUCAUCAGCCCAAAUGUUGCCCCAACUAAGAGACCCAACAAAAGUCUCUUUAGCUGUUCAAGAGCAAGAGCCUCUAGGAUAUGACACCAAAUCUUGCCCAGACAGUGAACCCGGCAGUGAUAUCACUGUGGAUUACACCAAGACUCCACCAUCACCUGAAAACUGGGCUUUAAAUGCUACUCAGGAUUACUGUGGAGUCACAGACCGUUAG